AUGUCUGACGAAAAUAUCCACCAGUUUAUGGCUUUGUCCAAUGCGCCUUUAGAUGUUGCUCUAGAGUAUUUGGACAAUCAUGCAGAUCUAGGAGAUGCUUUGGAUGCAUAUUUCGCCGCACAGAAUUCUGGAGCACCUGAGCCGGAAGCAUUUACACAGGCCCACAGGGAUCGUUCGAAUAUAAUCAAAGGCGCAACGUCACAGACCAGGGCCUCGCCAGCUCCCAUUAAAGCGACCUCUCCGGGACCCAGAAGGAAUGGGAACUCCAAUCCGAAGUUCAAGAGCUUUUCGGAUAUUCUGAAGGAGAACAACCAAGAUGAAGAAGACGAACAAAGAAACACUUUCGCUGGCGGUGAAACAUCCGGCUUGGAAGUAGCUGACCCAAACAACUCAGACUCGCUGAUAAGAGAUCUGCUUGAGAAGGCCAGAAGAGGGGGCGAAAGAAAUCCUGCAGAUGACGAUAUUUCUCAGACCACACCCAAGCAGAGCCAGUUCACGGGUAAAGGUUUCAAAUUAGGGUCGUCACUAGAAGAACCAGCCCAGGUAACAAAUGACCUUCCCGAAGAAGGUCUUCCUACAAGGCCUUUGAAAGUGACCCGCGAAAUCACUUUCUGGAAAGAAGGGUUUCAGGUAAACGAGGGGGAAUUAUAUCGAUAUGACGACCCUGCAAAUAGCUACUAUUUGAAUGAGUUAAAUCAGGGAAGAGCACCUUUGCGGCUGUUAGAUGUUGAGUUUGGCCAAGAGGUCGAGGUUAAUGUAAAGAAGAGGUUAGAUGAGAGUUUCCAACCACCUAAGCGGAAGCUAGGUGGCUUUAUCGGCAAGGGCCAUCGACUUGGCUCACCAAUCCCGGGAGAGUCCGUUUCUCCAGAACCCAUUGCUCAAACAACGGCCAGUGAGACGGCCAAUGAACAACGGGAGAACAUUGAAGAGCCCAAAGGAGACACCAGUGUCCAAAUUCGCUAUACAAGCGGGAAGAGGGAAGUACUCAGAUGCAGUUCUCAGGAUACAAUUCGGUUUUUGUAUGACCAUGUAAAAAAGGAAACCGAUUCUAACAAGAUCUUCACCCUGAACCACGCAUUCCCUGUCAAGCCCAUAGAAAAUUUUGAGGCCAGUCUGAAAGACGAGGGACUCUGCAAUGCAGUCGUGGUACAGAGAUGGGUUUGA